CUCUUCUUUCCAAAAAACAUGGAUUCCUACUCUUCUAUGCUAGAGAGAACUCGAGUUCCUCAACCAUCGCUUCAAAAAUACGCUGUCAUAUCAAUUUUCGACAAACUCAGAUCAGCACCUCCAUACCUGAAUGCUGAUUCCAACCCCGGAAGAGACGUAAUCUCUCAGUGUCUCCAAUCAUCUUCUUCUGCCGUCCUUGAUCAAUCGGUUCGUGAGAUCUGCCGCUUCGUGAAGGCCGGUAAUUUGGAUAUCUCUCGCGGCUUGAUGGAACUUCAAUCAGCACUCGAAGGUUGCGAUCCCCGUUUUGUAGAUGUAUUCGUUAAAAGUAUUGGGUAUCUCGUUAGGUUCGGAUUUCAAAAGGACACUUCUUCUUUUCGGUUUUCUUCUCCAGAGUAUCAUCCGUUUGUAAAGGUCUUUUCCUGUAGAACUGAAGUUCAAUCAGAACUUAUACGACAAGUUAUUAUGUUCAUUGUCCAGAAUAAGCAGUUUGGCAUGGCUGAAGUUUGCAGUUUCUUGAAACCCUUUCUGAACUUUGUUGUCAUAAAAAUGCCCUUCUCAAUUUCGUUAUGCACAUUCUUAAGAGGACUGAUUGCGUCCAUGGCAUCAGUAUGUUGUUCAUUUGAUCAGGAUGCAAUUCCUGUUAUUAAGUUAUUGAUGGGUUGCUUAUCCUACAUCCCCUGCAAGAGUGAAGAGGAAUUCAGGAAUAUUGUUUGUUUGGUGGGUUAUCUUUUUGACGCAUAUACUGUGGUUCUACGACAUUUAGUUGGUAUAGGAUUGCCUGUUCAUGAGGUUCAACUAUGCGGUGUUGAACUACUGGAGGUUAUUCUUUCGAUAUGCACCAAGUAUGAGUACUCUUUUGUACAUGAGUAUAGUGUGGAAGUAUCAAAACAAUUAAUAUAUAUACAAAAGGAGCUUGGAUUGAGUUGUUUACCUGAACUGUCAUCGCUAAUGUUGUCAUUGUUUACGACUCUCAUUCAAUCAGAGAUUGAACACGAGCAAUUGUCAAUCUUGAAAUUGCUCUUAUUCUUCACCAACUGGAGAAAUGAAAAUGGGAAUGAUGUGGGUGAAGCAUGUGAUUUCAGUGAAGAGCUUUUGUUUAUUUUCCCUGUGAUUAAUCUUGUUUCGUCUCCUUCCAAGUCUGUCAAAUCGGCAGCGAUCAAUUUGUUAUCCAUGACUGAAAAACAUCUGAUAAGAUUAUCGGUUAUGCCACAUAAGGAAACAAGGUUAAAAAAGAUGCUUCCAUCAACAAGCAGGCCCAAGGAUAUUGCUUUUAGGCUCUUGCAACAUCUAUGGUUUCAGGAGCAGCCAUCAACAUCUACUUCGUUUUUGCUAAGCUUUUGUUUUGAUGAUGGAAAAAACGUCAAUAAUUUUUCUGAUGUACCAAAGACAUGGACUUAUCUGCUGAAAGAGUAUUGUAUGUCGUUAGUUGAAAAAAAGAAGUCAUCUCUACCUAUUUCUCCUCAUCAAGAGAGUUUCUUAAAUGAAAUGCCUCUGUUACUUGGCACAAUUGCUAGCAUUUUGGUCAUGCAUCCUAGCUUGGUGUACUCGGCAGUGGAUUUCUUAUCUGUUUCAAGCAUCAUGGAUCCCAAGCUUGGUGUUUCAUUGCUGCUGACCAUUUUAUUUUACAAUCAUCUGCAAUCUGGUGUCAAGGAUAUCAAUUUAAAUAGAAUUUCACCGAAACUUCUGGGAUUGCUACCUUCACUUGCUUCUCAUCCUACUAUGGUGCCACUAGUUGUACAGGCAAUAACGCCCAUGCUCCAAGAUGUUGGAAAACCAGUGCUGUAUGCAUCCGCUCUACGUCUGCUUUGUAAGACUUGGGAGACCAAUGCCCGUGCUUUUGGAAGUUUACAGAAAGUCUUGCAACCAAAGCACUUUGAUGAACCUAUAUCUAAUCGAACAAUUUACAUUAGUAUGGCUGCUUCGGUAAGAGAUGUUUGCAGAAAAGAUGCUGAUAGGGGUGUUGACCUUAUAUUAUCUGUUUCAGCAUGCAUUGAAAGCUCAGAUACCACUAUUCAAGCCCUUGGCUUCCAGAGUCUUUCUUAUCUUUGUGAAGCAGAUGUCAUUGAUUUCUACUCUGCUUGGGAUGUUAUUGUUAAGCAUGAUGCUGACUACUUAAGUAACCCACUUAUUGCUCACAGCAUAUGUCUUCUCUUAAAGUGGGGAGCAAUGGACGCCGAAGCAUAUCCUGAAUCUGCAAGUCAGGUUUUGCAGAUAUUGUGGAAAAUUGGUACCACAAGACAAGAUGGGCCUCAAUGGGCCAAAGCUCGAGCCUCUUCCUUUAAUGCGUUAGCUUGCUACGAGGUCGAACCUAUUAAUAAAAGCAUUCCAGAUAUCAGGAGAAGAAAUAUGGAGGUGUUCACAACUGAAACUGACCCUGAAGUAUUAAGGGCCAUGGAAGCAUUUGAAGUCAAGUUUAUAUCAUAUGAGCAUAUGACGAGAAAAAGAUUUGUAAGGGAGAAGAGAAGCCUCAAAAGCAAAAUUGAAAAGUUGCUCAACGUUUCUUCUCAAGCCAUCUUUGCUUCAGGAAAUGUCACUGGAGCCAGAGAGCUUCCAGGCGCUGCUCUGUUUUGCCUGCCCUUGCCUCCUCCAAUAGAUGUCAAUGUUCGGGGACUACAAGAUGUACACGCAAAAUAUGAGAAUAUGCUUGUGGAGAUAGCUGCAUCUUUGCAGCUCUCAAGGAAUAUCUUAAUUGCACUUAUUUCACUGCAAUCUUGGAGAAUAUUCAUACAACGAUGGAUGAGAGAUCUCAUUAUGCACAUAGAUUCCAAGGGACCAUCUAAUGUGUUAGAUAAAACCUCUAGAGCUGCGGAAACAAUUUUGAAGAGUCUGAAGCGGAUUGCAGAAGAAUCUGUCCCUAGGUCUGCUGAAAAUGUGGCAUUAGCAAUAGGUGCCUUUUGUGAGGCCUUACCUCCAUCUGCUCAUCUCACUAAAGCCACUGCUUCAAGAUUUCUGUUGGAUUGGCUUUUCCAGCAAGAGCAUGAACAUCGUCAGUGGUCUGCUGCAAUUUCACUUGGACUAAUAUCAAGUUGUCUGCAUGUCACUGAUAUCAAACAGAAGCUCCAAAAUGUUGAUGCACUUAUUGAGGUGGCAUCUGAAAGUAGAAGUACGCUUGUUAGAGGGGCUUGUGGGGUGGGAUUAGGUAUUUUAUGUCAAAACCUUCUUAUGAACAUUGAUGCCUCUUCAGAAGCAAGUUUGCAUGGAGAAAACUACAGGCUACAGGAAGUUGAUUUGCUUGGAAGAAGUUUAAGGGCCUUAUCUGGAAUGCUCUGUCAGUACACUCAUUCUGCACGCCAUAUUCUGGACAGUCUUGAUGUUGAUAUCUUUCUGGGUACAGAGGCAGGUUCUUUCGUAGCUCCUGAGCAAUUCGUUACAAAUGAGAGCUCUAAAGAAGAAAUAUGGGGUGUAGCAGGAUUAGUAUUAGGGUUGGGAAGCUGUAUAGGUUCUGUAUACAGGGCUGGAGCUUUUGAUGUUGUUGAAAAGAUUAAAACCUUGAUUCUAUCUUGGAUUCCUCUAAUAAAUCCCCCCUCUCAAGACUGCUCUACAUUCGAGAAUUGUGAUUUUGCAUUAUCUGUGGGGUCUUGUCUAACCCUCCCAGUUGUCACAUCAUUUUGCUUGCGAGUGGAAUUGAUGGAUGUUGGUGAAGUGGACCAACUCAUUAACAAUCUCAAAGAGUUCUUAUCACAACUUCUUUCUACCAAGAAUUCAAGCAGCCUCCAUCAAAGUUUGUUGAUGGCAUCUUGUGCUGGAUCUGGAAACCUAAUUGCAUUCAUCUUGAGUGAUGGGGUGCAUACUCUUCAAGUGGGAGUAGUGAAAGAGUUCUUGGAGUUGUGGAGGAGAUGUUACAUUGAUCCUCAUUCUCCUUUAGUCUGUUUAGGUGGAAUGCUUGGGAUUGUAAAUGCAUUAGGAGCAUAUGCUGGCACAUCAAAGCAUCAUUUUCGUUUUAACUCUUUGCCUACAUCUUUUGAACAAAAAGGUUCUACUCAUGUCAUGGGUCCUUUACUUUCAAGUUUAGAACUAGAGCCCCAGUUAACAUCACUGGUUCAGGAGAUGUUCCUUUUAGCUCAGAAUUCCAAAGAUCAACAACUUCAACAUUAUGCAUCUUGGACAAUUUCACUUCUUAGGCAUCAAUUAUGGUCCCAGGAAUCACAAAACGUUGAUGGUCGUUCCUCAAGUGAUGCAGCUGGUCAGAGAUCUGGUUCACAGAAUAUUGCUAGUGAUACUGUUGUCAUGGAACUCUCUUUGUGGGUGAUGCAUUUGAAGAAUACUGUGGAUGGAUCUUUCCAUGUGAAUACUGUAGCCACAGUUUUACAGUGUCUUUCCAAGGCUCCUCGAUUACCUGUUCUUGAUUGGGGUGGAAUAAUCAGAAGAUGCAUGAUACAUGACAAUAAAAUUGAAGACAUUGCUAGAGAAAGAAACCUUAGAGAAGUGUGCUUGGAAUUUUCGUUCACUCAGGCGAGCCACUUUGAUUCUCUCCUAAGCUUUAUCGAUGAGCUGUCUGAACUUUCCAGAUUUGGUAGACUAGAGUUAAAUCUUCAAGCAUGUAUUCUCGAACAUCUAGCAGACCUAGUAAAAGUUUUUUCAGGUUCAAGAGUUGACAAACUGUUCUCCGAUGUGGCGAUGUUUCUGUCUUCCUUGGUUUCGAACAAUGCAUAUAAUAGAGAGCAUAAAAGCUUUCUGAAUGUCUCAACUUGGAAGGGUCUUUAUUCUUGUCUUGAUGACCCUUCUAUUGAUUGCCAUCAAAACAUUGAGAGAUGCAUUGUAUACCUUUUCCAAUUGUUGCCUUCAGUGCACCAUGCUGUAAAUAAUCCUGUCAUGGAGCAGGGCCACUUGGCAGAGGAGUGGUCCGUCGCAAUUAGAUGUCUAACAAAAGCUCGACAUGAUUGGGUGUUAGAUAUUUUGAAGGUUACAAAACAUAAUUUGGUGGAAGGAGAUGAUGAUUCUGUUGAAACUUUGAAAAAGAUUCAAGCUUUGGCCAGGUUGUUUCGAGUUGGUUUCUUAAAAGGAGUUGAUAUCGCUAAUUUGAAAACCUGCCUUUUGAGUAGCAGAUCGCAUGUUAUCUGGGACGCCCAGGUGGAGUUUGUUGCUGCUCUUCAACAUAGCGAAGGAAGCCUGAGAAGACAGUGGCUUCUCGAUGUGGUUGAAAUUUGCUGCGUAACCAAAUUUCCUACUACGGCUCUACAGUUUCUGGGUUUACUCUGUGGUAGCUGGUGUAAAUAUAUGCCCCUGUUGAUUGUGGAUCCACUGACUUUGUUGAGAGAUCUACCUGUAACGAUAUCGUCUCUUCUAUCAGAAAGCAGCUGGUUGGCUGUGGCGGAAACAGUGGCAUCUUGUUUGUGGGUUUCAACCGAACGAAUAAAUGAUUGGGUGACGAAAAUAAAAGUGGAUGGUAAUCAUGUUUAUGAUGGUUCACAAUCGCCCAUUGACAGUAGUGAGAAUGAUAUGUCUCUCUUCUUAUUGCGAGUUCUGCAUGACACGUGCUUCUGCUUGAAAGAUCAUUUGUCCUCUGACAAGCAGCUGAAACUUGCAAACAUGCGCUUCCCUGAAUCCUCCUAGAUCAUAGUGCCAACGGCCAGGUCAGUUACAUAUGUAUGAUAUGUAAAGAAAUUAUAAUUUUAUCGCCAAAAUAAAAAUAAAUGUUUGAUUCUAGGGUAGAUUAUUCUUUUGAAAGAAAAAAAAAUUGUGGUGUUGUAUGUUGAGUUUGACACGCUAAUGUUCUUACUUCUUCCAUAUGGAAUGUAAAUGAUCUCCUUAGUGAGACCUGUUGUGCAUUAAUAACCAAAAUCAAAGUUGAUCUUUA